AUGACCAUGGCCCUGGCGGUGCUCGCCGCCGGCCCAGCCUGGCACGUGGCCGCGGCGCCGCCCUCCGCGCCGCUCAUAGGCAUCAACUACUUUGCUGGCUGGUGGACGGGGCCAGGCGACAAGUGGAAAGAGCCGUGGAACACAUCUGUGGACUGGCGCCCUCUGUAUCCCGGACGCGUGCCGCUCAUCGGCCAGUACACGACCGAGCAGUCCACCAUGGACGGCGAUAUCGUUGCCGCGAGCAGUGCGGGCGUGGACUUUUUCAGCAUCUUGUGGUACGAUAACUACCCAUGCGGACACCGCGCUCCGGGCUCUGGGCACCUGAACGACGGCCUGUCGCUGUUCAUGUCGAGCAAGGAGGCGCACCGCAUGCAGUUCAUGAUCGAGUGGUGCAUCGCGCUACCGUUAUUUGGGGUGCACUCUGAUAUGGAGUGGCAACGUAUGGUGCGCGACGACUGGCUGCCGGCGUUCAAACACCAGUCUUACCUGCGCGUUGGCGGUGCGUUGGUGUUCAAAGUGCACUCGGGGCCAGCGUUCAAAGUCAACUCCUCCGCCUCCGACGCCGUUGUGUCAGCGCGGCUCGACUUUCUGCGUCGAUUGGUGAGAAAUGCCGGGCUGGGUGAGAUGAUCAUCGGCGCCGGGUCGACCAUCACGGACACGAGCGACCCGGCCGAGUGGUGGGGUUUCAGUUACAACUUCACAAACGACUAUGCUGGGGUGCUGCACGACGACCCGAAAUGGGCGGGCCGUGUACUGCCGUGGCGAAACGAGUCUGCCUUUGUACGUGAGUGGCGGCGCAAGCAGGCCCGCGCAGCAGCACAGGCCAACCCGCGCCGCACCUGGACGAGGCAGAAGGGAACGACGCGACAGAGGAGGAAAUGA